AUCCCGACAGAGUCCGCACUCAAACGGCAACCGGGAGGGUUCUUGUUCCCCUUCCGUCGUCCGCCGUACUUAUGGCGCCGUGGGGAAGCAAGGGGCAUAGCUGGCGGAAGCGGCGGAAGGCUUUGGAGAUCGGACUCGGCGGGGCGGAAGUCGCUGAGGUGGAAGGAGGUGGCGGCCGCGAGCGACGAUGAACAACAAAUUCGACGCUUUGAAAGAUGAUGAUAGUGGAGACCAUGACCAGAAUGAGGAGAACAACACACAGAAAGACAGUGAGAAGGAAAAGAACGAUCGAGAGAAACCACAGAGUACCACCAAGAGGAAGGCUGUUGUCCCAGGGCCAGCUGAGCACCCCUUGCAAUAUAAUUAUACCUUCUGGUACUCCAGACGAACACCUGGGAGACCCACCAGCUCACAGAGUUAUGAACAGAACAUCAAACAGAUUGGCACCUUUGCCUCCGUGGAGCAGUUCUGGAGGUUUUACAGUCACAUGGUACGUCCUGGGGACCUGACAGGCCAUAGCGACUUCCAUCUUUUCAAAGAAGGGAUCAAACCUAUGUGGGAGGAUGAUGCCAACAAAAAUGGUGGUAAAUGGAUUAUCCGCUUGCGAAAGGGCUUAGCGUCACGAUGCUGGGAGAAUCUCAUUCUGGCAAUGCUGGGAGAACAGUUCAUGGUGGGGGAAGAAAUCUGUGGGGCAGUUGUUUCCGUCCGAUUCCAGGAGGAUAUUAUCUCGAUAUGGAACAAGACAGCCAGCGACCAAGCCACGACAGCCCGGAUACGCGACACGUUACGAAGAGUGCUUAACCUACCUCCCAACACCAUCAUGGAAUAUAAAACACACACCGACAGCAUCAAGGCCUGGGAGGAGUUUCAUGGCCUGGUGAACAGCAGUGGCCGCUGAUCCAACGCUCCCCCUCCCUCUGUCACACCCAGGGGAUAACUCAAGCUUUCGAAACACAAAAAUCACAUUGUGAGAACAAGAGUUGGCACUCAGCUCCUCUCUCCGUGUUGAAAGCACUGAGAGGUCUCCACCAGUGCCCUCCGACCUCUGAAGGGACUCAUGGGCCACUCUCGCGCACUCCUCCUUGGAGGAAGGAUCCAUCUGAAGCCCUCCAGCAGCGGUGACAAUAGAGGCCGAUUUUUGUCAUACACAAACUUUUUUUUUAGCAGUGGGGCGGGAGGCCAACCUUUCAAUUAGCAGCGUGCCCUUGGGGCCGCAUCUUGCAGCACUUUCCUCUCUUUCUCUACAUGGCAUGCAGGAUCUCUGGGAUUCUGCCACAACGUCAGAGCCUUCUGCUAAGGGAUACCAGUAUUACAAACCUCUCUGCAGCUGGGAGGAGCUUCCCAGUUGAGAGUCAGCCCUGUGGUUUUCAAAUGCCCCCUUUCAGCUCUGCCAAUAAAUUAUUGGGUCUCUUUGUUUCUUUCA